AUGGCUCGUCCCGUUAUCCUCCUGAUGGCCGUCCUCAGCGCUGUGUGCGUUAUGGCAACUCCAGUAAAGGACAGUCAAUUCGCACAUGCCAUGAAUGAGAACGACGGCGUUCUGCCAGAUGACCUCCGUGAAUACCUGAGCAUACUCGGGGUCGCGGAUGCCAACGCACACACGCACACCAACGCACACACCAAACGCGGAUUCCCAUCGAUGCUUGUCCAGGCUUUGGAUACUGCGAAUAUGCUGGCUGGAUUUCUUGGGACGAAUGGAAACACCGGAGGCGGGAAUGGAGGUGGUUCUUCGAGUUCGGAUUCGGAACAUCGACCUGAUGGCAGCUGGUGCAGCGCUCCGGCACGGCAUUUGCUCGGGCACUAUGACAUUGAGAUGCCACGUGUGCCAUAG